AUGGCACAUUACGAAAUAGAUUGGUUCAGAGUUAAAGAUGUUUACAUAUUAUACACACCGUUCCACGAGGAUACAAAAGUAACUACAACCUUGAUAUGGCACUCCAUAGCAAAUACCACUAUAUUUCUAUCGGUAAUUAUCAUCAUGACAUUCCUAAUAGUAUUUCUUUAUAAAAUGGGAUGUCUGAAAGCCAUUAAGUGUCUGUUAAUGACGUCGACAGUGAUGCUACUUUUUUUCAUGGUUUACUUUUAUAUCGGUGAACUAUUUAGGGCUUUGAAUAUACCAAUCGACUAUAUUACCGCAGUCGUAGUGGUAUGGAACAAUGCGAUAACGGGAAUAUUGGCAAUUUUGUGGAAAGGUCCUCUUGUGCUACAACAAGCUUACUUGAUAUUCGAUUGCAGUCUGAUGGCUUUGGCUUUCAUAAAGUUCCUCCCGGAAUGGACAACUUGGGUGGUACUCUUAAUGAUAUCCGUUUGGGAUUUAGUUGCCGUACUAUGCCCCGGGGGCCCUUUAAGAAUUCUGGUGGAAACAGCUCACGCCAGGGGAGAAGACUUAACUAAACUCCCUGCAAUGGUUUACAGCUCUAUGUUGUAUCCUCUUAUGUCUACCUCUAGCAUUAUUUGCGAUCUAGCACAACAUUACGGCACGAUGACAAUUGAUAAGGGCCAAAUAAAUAAUCAGAAUGCAAAAGAACCAGCAGAUUCAAAAAAGUCUGGCGAGAUUCCAGCUCAAGAUAAAACGGCAUCAGAUUCCAAUAACUCCUUACCUCCAGAAGAAAAAAGUAAAUCGAGCUCAUCUACGGUAAAUAACAAAUACGAUAGUGUUCCGGAUGAUAUCAACAAUAGUGACUCGGAUGAGAAUAAUAGCCCAUUAAACAACUCCAAAAAUCGCGACGGCGAAAUCAUUAAAAAAAUAGCAGUUAAAAAAAGUGCGUCCGAUUAUUCUUCAAACAAAAGAUCAGUUCCGGCGAAUAAUGAUCAGGGGGAGAAUCCCAUCUUAAACGAGUCGCCCACAGGAGGGGUAAAAGGAGCCAAACUGGGUUUAGGGGAUUUCGUUUUUUACAGCGUUUUGAUAGGCAAAGCAGCCGUAACAGAUGAUUGGACCGUCAUUAUCGCUUGUAUAUUGGCCAUUUUGAUCGGUCUUGGUUUAACUUUGGUGUUGCUAGUUAUGUUCAAACAGGCCUUACCAGCGCUUCCUAUAUCGAUCAUCCUUGGUUUGAUGAUGUAUUUUGGGUUCUAUUAUAUAACUAGCCCCUUUUUGGACAAAUUAAGCGAAAAUAACUUUUUUUUAUGA